AUGUCACGUCAACACUCCAGACCGACCCUGUCUUCGGAGGACUCGGCAGACCACGAUCCGUUUUACCUUGAAAGGUACCCCAGAUACUUCCAACACCAGAAGCAAUUUACUGUGCAAAAAUUGCUGCAGAAUCACGACACGGGGCAAGAGAAAAGUCCUCUGAGCCCAAAGCCCAAAAAGUCCGUCAAGUCCCUCUUCAGUUACGACUCAGCAGACUUCGACCCCUUUUAUCUUGAGAAGUACCGCAAGUUCUACCACUUCUCACGUCACCAUACGGCAGCCAUGUCUUCCUCUUCGGUAUACAGCGACGAACAGGCACAGCCCACCAAGGUGCAGAUGCGUGGCGGCGGAAACGCGGUUGGCCGCACUGGUAAAGGGCCCGAGAAGGAGACAAAGAUAGUCACCAAGGAUCUCCCGAAGCGUGAUAAAUCCGCAGAUCAGCAUCCCUCCACUCAAGAAAUUCCAGGAGCUCCAGUUACUCCGAAUCAACCGGCAUCAAGCUCUGCUGGCUACUUCGAAGGACCACGUUGUGACUUGAGAAACCCCAAGCUCCCUUCUCCUCCCAGCAUCGAGGCCAAGUAUCUUCAUGUUAAAGACUGGGUUCUCACCAGUCCAGACGAAUUGGAGCAUGUCCCCUACGAUGCUUUGCCCAAGGACGACGAGCUUCCGAGAGCACACUCUGACAGUGCCGUUUCUGACGGCGCUUCAUCGACUUCGCCUCAUCCUUCGGGCUGGAAGCAUCAUGUGCAAGCAGUCUCACGUGUCUCCAAGGAGCACAGUGGUGAUGAUGAGGGUCCCGCAGAGCAAGACAUUAUCAUCGGUUAUGAGAAGCCAAUUUCUCCCAAAGACUUUGUCACUGGAAGAAUGACUCCGCAGAAAGCCGACUUUCAUUCGGGAGUUGAACGUCACCAGAAGCUACUCGCGAGCCAGGGUUUGCCGACGUUGAUGCAGAACCUCCCUGACGGUGGAUACUUCAGUCGCGACAGACUCUUCGAACCCUUCUUUAAGCCCGUUGAAGGGGAAGGAGGAGCCUCAAUCAAGCCCCACGCGCAGAGCGGUGCCAGAGAUUCCUCAGACCCGCUAAUGCCGCUCUACCAAGUCAACAAGGAGGCUGCGAAGCCGUUCUAG